CCAUUCAGAAACCACCCACCCCCCUCCCACUACCCCCACCGCCCUUGUUCGUCUCUUCAACAACCUAUCUUCUAUCCCUCCGGCGACCCAAAACAACUGUCAUUUUCUGAUUAGUAAAAAAAUGGCAAAAUCUUCUACUCUUUACUGGUCAUAUUUCGUCUUUUUCACCAUCAUGAUACUAAUUUCGCUGCCCACAACACAUUCUGAUUCCUCUGACGAGAGUCCAAAUUACACGCGGUUUUUGUUUAAUGCAACGGAGUUCCCAUCGGAAGACUACUAUGAUUACAUCGUGGUGGGAGGUGGCACCGCCGGCUGUCCACUGGCGGCUACACUGUCAGAGAAGUACAAAGUUUUACUUCUUGAAAGAGGCGGUGUUCCAUAUGAAAAGCCUAAUUUGAUGAGCCAAGAAGGGUUUCUCACAGUACUCACUGACGUUGAUGAUUUUGAGUCCCCUGCUCAAACCUUCACCUCUGAAGACGGAGUUCCAAAUGCCAGAGGUCGUAUUCUUGGAGGUAGUAGUGCAAUUAAUGCUGGUUUUUACAGUAGAGCUGAUGAAGAUUUUUAUGUUAGGUCAGGGAUUAAAUGGGAUUUACAUGUUGUUAAUCAAUCUUAUGAAUGGGUUGAGAGGUCUAUUGUGUUUAGGCCUGAACUCAAGAAUUGGCAAUCAGCUGUGAGGGAUGGGUUAGUGGAAGCUGGUAUUGAUCCCUUUAAUGGGUUUAGCUUAGAUCAUGUUCUUGGUACCAAGAUUGGUGGCUCCACUUUUGAUAGUUCUGGACGUAGACAUAGUGCUGCUGAUCUUCUUAACUAUGCAAAUCCUUCCAAUAUUCAGGUGGCUGUGUAUGCUAGUGUAGAGAGGGUUCUUCUAGCUCAGUCAGCACCUUAUUCACCCUCUAAGAUGGCUGCGAUUGGCGUGAUUUUUCGUGAUCAAGCUGGGCGAUAUCACCAUGCUAUGGUGAGGGGAAAGGGUGAGGUUUUACUGUCAGCAGGUGCUCUUGGUAGCCCACAGUUGCUUCUCUUGAGUGGUGUUGGUCCUAGGCCUUAUCUCUCCACAUGGGGUAUUCCUGUUGCUCACCAUUUACCAUAUGUGGGGCAGUUUUUGUUUGAUAAUCCAAGAAAUGGUAUCUCAAUUGUGCCACCGAUGCCGCUGGAACAUUCUUUGAUUCAGGUUGUGGGGAUUACUGAUGCAGGGGCUUAUUUGGAGGCUGCCUCUAAUGUCAUUCCAUUUGCUUCCCCUGCCAACUCUGUUUUCAUCAGGAGUUCGUCUUCUCCGGUGUAUCUCACUGUUGCCACACUCAUGGAGAAGAUUGUUGGACCAGUUUCUUCGGGUUCACUUAGGUUGGCAUCGACAGAUGUUAGGGCUAAUCCCAUUGUUCGAUUCAAUUACUUCAGUAGCCCCGGAGAUGUAGAGAGGUGUGUCAAUGGAACCAGGAAAAUUGCGGAUGUUUUGAGAACCAGAACAAUGGAUAUUUUCAAGUUUGAUCAGUGGUUUGGUGGUAGGGAUUUUAGAUAUGUUGGUCCUGCUUUGCCUGUUGAUGAGUCGAAUGAUGACCUUAUGAGGGAGUUUUGUCAUCGAACAGUCAGUACCAUUUGGCACUAUCAUGGUGGCUGUGUUGUGGGGAAGGUGGUUGAUCGGAAUUUGAGAGUGCUUGGCAUUGAUGGCCUCAGAGUUGUUGAUGGUUCUGUUUUCAGUGUGUCGCCAGGGACCAACCCCCAGGCUACUCUUCUCAUGCUUGGACGGUAUGUUGGCAUGGUGAUGCUUAGGGAGAGGUUCAGAUAGUCGCAGUUAUGUCUGUACGAGCUGCUUACGUGGGCUGAGCCAACUGUUAGUCCUUUUUUCACCUUUUGCUGCUUUAGGGUCAAUGCUUCUGUAAUUGUUUUUUUUUUCAAGAAUAACUAGUCUUGUUAUAAUGUUUGGUGCAAGUUGUUAAUUCUUUCUUUCUGUAAAAUGCAUGCUAGAAGUGCUGCUCAUACAUCAGAAAUGAUACUAUCACUAUGGCGUUUAGGUCGGUUUAACCAAUUGAGGUAGAUGGCUACCUGAAGUUUCUGUACAUUGUCUGCAUCUGAAUGUAAAGAUUGACCUGUCUCUU